AUGAAGUUGAUCCUAGCAGCGAUCGCACUCAGUCUGGCCGCUUUGGUUAGCGGAUCGUGGGUAUCCGGCGGUGAGAAGGCUGUCAAAUAUGUCGCCGAUAAGGAUUUCCUCAUGAAGCAGAAGUUCUUCUUCGAAGUUCUACGAAACAUUCAUAUGCCGCUGCAAUAUGAAGAAUACAUGAUGUACACCAAGUCCUGGGUGGAGGAUAAGACCAUGUACCAGAAUUACGACUUUGUCGAAGAAUUCUUCGACAUGUACAAAAUGGGCCUGUUCCUGGAUAAGGGCGAAGUUUUCACCAUCUACAACAAAUACUUCAUGAAGCAAACCUACAUGCUCUUCACCUUCCUGUACAACUCGCUAAACUGGGACACAUACUACAAAAACGUGAUAUGGGCUCGAGAGCACAUCAACGAAGGUAUGUUCAUCUAUGCUGUUACGCUCAGUGUCAUGCACCGCAUGGAUCUACAGGGAAUGGUUCUACCGGCCGUCUACGAAAUCUAUCCGUACUACUUCUUCAACACCGACAUGAUCCGAUCGGCGAACUACCGCAAGAUGUACGAUCCCAAAUUCGGAUUCUACGGCAGUGGAAAGUAUAAUGUUGUCUACUCAAACUACACUAUGACCUAUCCUUGGGAAGUUUCCGUCGUCAAACAUAGCUACAUGAUGGAUUACAAGAAGAUGGACUACUACUACGAGGAUGUUGGCCUUAACUCGUUCUACUACUACUUCAUGAUGGACUAUCCAUUCUUCUUGAACAACGAUAAGUUCGACUUCAUGAAGGAACGUAGCGGUGAGCUCUAUCUGUAUAUGCAUCAACAACUGUUGGCCCGCUACAAUUUGGAACGAUUCUCAAACUAUAUGUACCCGAUCAUGGGUUUGACGUGGAAAUUCCCACUUAAACUGGGAUACUUCUCACUGCUGAGCUAUUGGAACGGUAUGCCGUUCAAGAGUAGAGACUACAACUACAUGAUCAGUGAUGAAGACUACUACAAGCUGGACUGGAUCAAGGAUUGGGAGAUGCGAAUGCGGAAGAUGAUCGACGACGGCUAUUACAUGAUGGAUGACGGCACCAAGAUCGACAUGCGCAAAUGGUACAACAUCGAUUUCCUCGGUAGAAUGAUGAACUGUAUGGACAUGCAUAUGGACUACAAGAUGUGCAAAUUUGGUUUCAUCGAAAUGAUGUCGCGUACUCUGCUGAGUGGAAUGGACUUCAUGUCCAUGAAAUCGUGGCCUUCGGCCAUGAUGCACUUCGAAACGUCGCUGCGUGAUCCUAUGUUCUACUCCAUGUGGAAUCGUUUACUGGACUUCUACUAUCUGUUCAAGAGCUACCUACCGUACUACACUUUUGAUGAACUUAACUUCAAGGGAGUUGUCAUCAAGGAUGUCGUUUUCGAUAAACUGGUUACCUACUUCGAGUAUUUUGAUUCGGAUAUCUCCAACGUUGUACCAAUGAGCAACGUGGAAAAAUAUUGGGAUUUCUCAGUCUUUGGCCGCACUAUGCGUCUUAACCACAAGCCGUUCAGUUACAGUUUGGAUGUAAUGUCUGAUUACGCCGGAAAAGGUGUAAUCCGUGUCUUCCUAGGACCAAAGUUUGACAAAAUGAUGGAGCUCGAUUACUACAAGAAGUUCUUCGUUGAGAUGGACCAAUACGUGGUGGACAUGGUCGUCGGUAAGAACACAUUCGUGCGCAACUCUCGUGAUUUCUUCUGGAGCAUUAAGGACCGCACCUCGUACGUUGAACUAUACAAGAAGAUGAUGAUGGCCAUCGGCGGAAAGGAAGAAUUCAUGCUGGACAUGUCGGAGGCUCACUGUGGAUUCCCAGAUCGAAUGAUUCUACCGAUGGGCUGGUCCAGCGGUAUGAAGAUGCAGUUCUACUUUAUCAUCACCCCGUACACGAUGAUGAAAUCCGAGGACAGCAUGGUGUUCGACAAGGCGUACAUGUGCGGUGGUUUCAAGUAUGUCGACACACUGCCGAUGGGCUUCCCGUUCGAUCGCGAAAUCAACUACAGCUACUGGUACACCAAGAAUAUGCUUUUCAAGGACGUGAUGAUCUACCACAAGGACGAUUUGAACAAGACGUACUAG